GAAAGGAAUCGCUGCACUCUCCCCUGGGGACGUCGGUCAGGCGAGAACUCUGAAAAACUCUGCUUUCAGUUUUGGUUCAUGGAUGAGACGAGAACCGUCGACACAAGAGAGAGUUACCUCUGGCGUGGGCACAACAAGCGGUCAAUUAGUUCCAAAGAAAGAAGGAAAUGUAACCAAGAAAACGUCCGAUAUAAACACCGGCAAUCAUUUCAGGCGUAAGUGUCCCGACUUAAAUAGAAAUAAAGAAACCCUAAAGCAAGAACCUUGGCUUGAGGGCUUAAUGGUUCCGCAAGGCGAGCAGGCGGGCAUGAAAUCCCCGGUCAAAGUGCAAAGACCCACGGAAGAAAAGUCGUCGCCCUAUAACCGCCGUGUACGUCAGAAAUGUCUUCGUGGUCAAAAUCAGAUCAGUACAAAGCCUGAAAAUGUAUUUCCAUCGGAUAAGACUUCUCGUCCCAACACACCCAGCACGAAAAUGACCACGAACAAUCAAUUAGAAGAGGGCAAUCAAACUGAACAGAAAUGUGCUUCAAAACAAGUUAGUUCGACCGCAACAAAAUCCACUACGGCGAGUAGUAUCUAUCAAAACUCCUUUCGAAAAAUUAGAAACAGCCCAAUAUUUCACCACCUGAUAAGAACGUUAGUUGAACAUUUUGGCAAAAUACGCCUGCCAAGCAGACAGAAUUUCCCCGACCCAUCCUCCAAACCCGCCUCUGGGAGGGCGACCCCCACGAAAAGCCGAGCAAAUAAGGCUUCGCCCCCGUGCCACGAUGUUGCCGUGGCUGCUGACCUGCCACUGGGAACACACCCCUUGGCGAACGCCUUCACGAACACUUCCGAUUCCAUCGAGGCAGUAACCUAUUUGGGCGAGUCCAACAUAAACAGCCAGCGGAAAAUCAAAAUCAGAGUCUCCGUGAAUCCGUCUAAAAAGAAAGUUGGAAAUAUUUCAUACCGAGAAUCUGUUGUAUCAAGCUACGACGAAAACAGAAUUUAUCUUCCAAUGGUGCGGGAAUCUCCGCAUUCUGUGUCACCAUACACGGAUCUGACGUUAGCCGAACAAG